AUCGGAGUAAGUGAAUGUUUUUGCUGGAGUUGAGUUUUGUAAAAGACUUAAUUUUUUUCUCAUCUUGUUUUUGUAUACACUCAUUUUUUAACUCAGUGGCCAAUUAAUAAAUAAGUGUUCUGUCUUUUCUAACUAUUUUAAUCACCUCUUUUUUUAAUUCUUAUACCUAUUACUAUUAACAUAUAUUAAUACUUAUAUUAUUAUCAAAAUAAAACAAUGCAAGCUAUUAAAUGUGUUGUAGUUGGUGAUGGUGCCGUGGGUAAAACUUGCCUAUUGAUCAGUUAUACAACCAACGCCUUUCCUGGUGAAUAUAUACCAACAGUGUUUGACAACUAUUCAGCCAAUGUUAUGGUUGAUGGUAAACCUAUUAACCUUGGACUUUGGGAUACAGCAGGACAAGAAGAUUAUGACAGAUUGAGGCCUUUAUCUUAUCCACAGACUGAUGUUUUUCUUAUAUGUUUUUCCUUGGUCAAUCCAGCGUCAUUUGAAAAUGUCCGAGCUAAAUGGUUUCCCGAAGUAAGUCAUCAUUCACCGAACACUCCUAUUAUACUUGUUGGAACCAAACUUGAUUUACGUGAUGAUGCAAAAACAAUUGAGAAACUGAAAGAAAGAAAAUUGGCUCCCAUAACUUAUCCUCAAGCUUUAACCAUGGCCAAGGAGAUAGGAGCUGUUAAAUAUUUGGAGUGCUCUGCUUUAACCCAAAAAGGACUGAAAACUGUUUUCGAUGAAGCCAUAAGAGCUGUAUUAUGUCCAGUGCCCAAAAUUAAAAGAAAACGUCGUUGUGUUCUGUUGUAAAGAAAGAAGAUGGAAAGUAAAGAAAAGCAAAAAUCAAAAAAAAAGACCCGAUGAAACGAUAAAAUUGGAAAGAUGACUAUUGCUAUGUCUCUCCCUCUAUUUCUCUCUGAUUUUUCUUUCCUUUUUUGUUCUGUAUAUCUCACUCUCCUCCGCACUAUUCCUAUCUUCGACUUCCUUUGCUUCUUCCUAUUUUUCUUCCGCUAUUUCUCUUGUCUCCCUCCUUUUACUUUCUAAUUAUUAUUUUCUCGCCUUUUUCUUUCCUUUUUGCUCACCCAUUUUCUUUAAAUUUCUGUAAAACUAACCCUUCUCUUCCACUCUCUCACUUUCCCUGUCUCUUAGUUUUUUCUUCUCGUUUUUGUUCUUCUCACUGUUAAUUUUCAUCAAAUCAAUCAAUUGAAAAUAAUUGCGCUGAAUGAUGUAGAUGCUGAUGUAUCUGAAGCAAGAUUAACCGGAUUGAGACAGGAAAACAAAUAAACAAAAAAAAUUCUAAGCUAAAAA